CGUGUACUAGGGCUUUAUUUCGGUUUCCCUCUUCUUCUUUUUCACUCUAGCGUCUUUCUGUGUCUCACUUACAAACAAAACCUCACACCAUUUGCUAGGGUUUAAGGAAAGGCAAGAAUCUUAAAUAGACACGUUAGUUGUUGUAGCGUCACUAGAUCAAGCAAAAUGCAGGCUUAUGGAAUACAAUCAAUGUUGAAAGAAGGGCACAAACAUCUUUCAGGUCUUGACGAAGCUGUCGUUAAAAACAUCGAUGCUUGUAAACAGCUCUCCGCUAUUACCCGAACUUCUCUUGGCCCUAAUGGCAUGAAUAAGAUGGUUAUAAACCAUCUGGACAAGCUUUUUGUCACAAAUGACGCUGGCACUAUUGUGAAUGAACUUGAGGUCCAGCAUCCUGCUGCGAAGAUAUUGGUUUUGGCUGGAAAGGCACAGCAAGAGGAGAUUGGCGAUGGAGCUAAUUUGACUGUUUCAUUUGCGGGGGAGCUCCUCCAAAAUGCUGAGGAGCUCAUCAGGAUGGGGUUGCACCCUAGUGAGAUUAUCAUCGGAUACAAUAAGGCGAUAAAUAAGACAAUUGAAUUAUUGGAUGAGCUAGUUGAGCCAGGUUCCGAAAAAAUGAAUGUCAAUGACAAGAAUGAAGUCAUUUCACGGAUGAAAUCUGCAGUUGCUAGCAAACAAUUUGGACUAGAGGAUGUCCUGUGUCCUCUUGUUGCUGAGGCUUGCAUUCAAGUGUGCCCUAAAAACCCAGCAAACUUCAAUGUGGAUAAUGUACGCGUUGCAAAGCUCUUGGGUGGAGGUUUGAAUAAUUCCACCAUAGUUAGAGGUUUGGUGUUGAAAAGUGAUGCUGUUGGGAGCAUAAAGAGGAUAGAGAAGGCAAAGGUCGCUGUUUUCGUUCAAGGUGUUGAUACAUCUGCAACUGAAACAAAAGGAACAGUUCUUAUUCAUAGUGCUGAGCAGCUUGAAAACUAUGCAAAGACUGAGGAAUCUAAGGUGGAGGAACUUAUUAAAGCAGUUGCUGACUCAGGUGCCAAGGUCAUUGUCAGUGGAGGAGCGGUGGGAGAGAUGGCUCUACAUUUCUGUGAGCGUUACAAACUUAUGGUAUUGAAAAUCAGCUCCAAGUUUGAACUCCGCCGGUUUUGCCGUACUACUGGGGCUGUUGCGCUUUUAAAGCUUAGCCAGCCGAAUCCAGAUGACCUUGGCCAUGUUGAUUCUGUUUCAGUGGAGGAAAUUGGUGGUGUUAGGGUUACUGUUGUGAGAAAUGAAGAAGGUGGAAAUUCUGUCUCCACUGUUUUGCUGCGGGGAAGCACUGAUAGUAUUUUGGAUGACCUUGAAAGAGCUGUUGAUGAUGGUGUAAAUACCUACAAGGCAAUGUGCAGGGACAGUCGGAUUGUACCUGGCGCUGCUGCUACUGAAAUUGAGCUGGCCAGAAAACUGAAAGAAUUCUCUUUCAAAGAGAUGGGGUUGGAUCAGUAUGCAAUAGCAAAAUUUGCUGAAAGCUUUGAAAUGAUUCCUAAAACGCUAGCUGAGAAUGCCGGCCUCAAUGCGAUGGAGAUUAUAUCAUCAUUGUAUGCUGAACAUGCGUCUGGAAAUGCCAAAGUGGGCCUUAACUUGGAGAAAGGUGCCUGUGAGGAUGUCUCUGCCUUGAGUAUAUGGGACCUCUAUGUUACCAAGUUUUUUGCUCUAAAAUACGCUGCUGAUGCUGUCUGCACAGUGCUUCGGGUAGACCAGAUUAUAAUGUCUAAACCAGCUGGGGGUCCAAGGCCGAGAGAUCAACCGGCAGGGAUGGACGAGGAUUAAUCUUUACACCGUCUUUCUUACGUUUUGUCUUUCUGCUGAUAUUGUUUUCUUUUGCGUGGGUGGAUUCUCCUUUUUUUUUUUUUUUUUUUUGCUUAUAAUUUUUCCUUUUGGAGUUUUUACUUGUUAAUGGCAGAGGUUUGGCUCAAGAAUUUUUGAUGAUCUUGAAACAGUAUGUGCCGCCUCUAUUGUACUUGAUUUGCUAGGUAAAUGCCAAUGAAGUGUUAGUGGGCAUAGUUUGGCUGGUCGAUCUUGACUAUUGGAAAGCUAGCUAGCUGGUAUCAUUUUGCUGUAGGUUCGUUAAGUUCUAUGUCCUAAUUUAUGUGAUGCCUCUCUAUUUUGAACCAUAAUAUCAUCUACAAGUCGCAAAAAUUCAGUUGAA